AUGAAAAUGCAGAAAAGGAGUGCAAGUGGUAACUUGGUGAAUGAUGCUGCCAUUAUUCUUAGAAAAACUGAGUACGAAGGAGUAUCGGUUUUGGUUUUUUAUCUGAACUUAAGUAAAUUGGAUUUGGUUAUUAAGAGGCGGCUAUUUAAUAUUAUAAAUGAUUUGCCAACUGUAUUUGAAGUGGUCACCAAUAUUGCAAAGAAACAAGUUAAGGAAAAAUCAUCAAGUGCAAAUGGUAGCAAAUCUAAGUCAAGUUUUAAAUUUAUUGGUUACAUAUUCUAUCUUUCAAGAAUUUUUAGAGUGAAGCUGAAAUGCAAGAAAUGUGCGCAAGGCAGUCGCAGGCAAGGAAAGAGGUAUGAAGAAGAUGAAGACGAGCACGGUGACACCUUAUGUAGGGCAUGUGGUGAGAACUGUGCUUCAAAUGAAUUUUGGAUUUGCUGUGAUAUCUAUGAGAAAUGGUUCCAUGGGAAAUUUGUUGUAUGA